UUAUCCCAAUGCGAUUGCAUCAAUCAACUAAAGGGUUGUGCGAUCGUUGAGUUCAGGACCGAAGAACUCAUGAAGAAAGCUGUGGAGAAGGUGAACAAGCACAAUCUCAAUGGGCGUCCUCUUAAAGUCAAGGAAGACCCAGAUGGCCUGAUUGCCCAGCGGGAGGCCCACAGGUCUCAGGGAGGCGGUGGAGGUGGUCCCCCUGGUGGCAUGGGCGGCAACAUGGGUGGUAACAUGGGUGGCAAUAUGGGCGGCAACAUGGGAGGCGGUAUGGGCAUGGGGAUGGGACCUGGUCCAGGGGCCCCACCUAUGGUCAACAUUCCCCCAAGUCUGCUGAACAACCCCAACAUUCCCAAUGAGAUCAUCCAUGGACUCCAGUCUGGCAAAAUUGGAAGCACCGUGUUUGUGGCAAACCUGGAUUAUAAGGUGGGCUGGAAAAAACUGAAGGAGGUGUUCGGCAUGGCAGGUGUUGUUGUCCGUGCGGAUAUCCUUGAAGACAAGGACGGGAAGAGCCGGGGAAUGGGAACGGUCACCUUUGACAUGCCAAUUGAAGCCGUCCAAGCAGUCUCUAUGUUCAAUGGACAACUCCUCUUCAACCGUGUUAUGCAUGUCAAACUGGAUGAGAAAUCUCUGCCGAAAGGAGACUUUGCACCACCAGACAGGCCACCUGCCCUCCCACGUGGCUUGAGUGGAAUUGGACUUGGACUUGGACCAGGUGGGCAGCCCAUUGAUGCCACUCAGCUCAACCGCGGUGGUGGCGGUGGAGGUGGUGGCGGCGGCGGCGGUGGUGGUGGCGGUAUGGGCAACAUGGGCCCUGGAGGAAUGGAUGGAAUGGGCUUUGGAGGCAUGGGUCGUAUGGGAGGAGGAGGAGGUAUGGACAACUUUGGUGGGAUGAACAACAUGGAUCGUUUCGGGCCCUCUGGAAUGGGAAGAAUGAAUGACAUGGAUCGUAUUGGUGGCGCCUUUGACCGGGAGUUUGGUCGCAAUGACAUGGCCAUGUCUCGCAAUAACUUUGGAGACUCUUUUGACAGAGGAAUGGGCAACACCAUGGGCAUGGAUCGCAUGGGCUCUGGGAUGGACAGAAUGGGUUCCGGAAUGGACCGCAUGGGCUCUGGGAUGGACCGCAUGGGAAUGGAUCGUAUGGACCGUGUCUCUGAUCUGGACAGGCUGGGUUCUGGCUUUGACCGAAUGGGUUCUGGUCUGGACCGGCUGGGGCCAAGUAUGGACAGGCUGGGUACUGGCCUGGACCGUAUGAGCUCCAGUGUGGACCGACUGGGCCCUGCUGGCUUUGACCGCCUAGGCCCGUCCAGUUUAGAGCGCAUGAGUGCAGGGAUGGACUUCAACUCCCCCAUGGGUGGUAUGGAUAGGAUGAACACUGGCUUAGACCGCAUGGGCACCAACUUCGACCGCAUGGGUUCUGCUGGUAUUGACCGCUUCCCAGCCACUGGGCUGGACCGCAUGGGCUCCAACAUGGACCGCAUGGGGUCAGCCGGAGUGGGAGGCCAGUUUGACCGACCGGCCGAAAUGGACCGCGGCAAUUUCAACAACCCCUUCGGCGGAGCCGGCGCUGGUGGUCCUGGAGCAGGAGUCAAUGCCAGGAAGGGCUGCCAGAUCUUUGUCAGAAAUCUGCCAUUUGACUUCACCUGGAAGAUGCUGAAAGACACCUUCAAUUCUUGUGGUAUUGUGCAGUAUGCUGAUAUCAAGAUGGAGAACGGGAAAUCCAAAGGGUGUGGCGUAGUUCGCUUUGACAACCCUGAGACCGCCGAGAGGGCAUGUCGCACCAUGAACGGUUACAGGCUGAAUGGGAGAGAAAUCGACGUCAGGAUCGACAGAAACGCAUAAACCAACAGAUUCAUCCAAUUCGCCCGAUCCCUCCUGCCCACUACAGACCUUCCAGUUGUUUUUUGUUUAUUAGAUAUUUGUGAUGGUGCAUUAUGUUUGCACCUUUUAGUUUUUGCCUGAAUCAGUUUUAGUGACCAAAUUUUAAUUUUUUCCCCCUUUUUAUGAUGGUUGUUUCUUGCCUUUUUGUGUAAGGUUUGUUAAUAAACAUCAAAACCUUCAAGUUUUUCA